CGUCGCCAUGACAGCGAAUGACGCUUCACUAGAAGAAUUAGUUGGUAAUGUAGGUAGGUCGGUCGCCUCUCGACAUGAUUGCAGUAGUUGGCAACAAAGAGGCAAUAAUUCGCAAGGACUCUAAUUAUUUUACUAAUACAGAAAAAACGCUGACCACUAGAAAUCUAAGCUCCAGUCUUAAUCUCCCUGGAAAUCGCAGGUCUAUGAAUUUGCAACGCCGCCCUCGCUCAGCAAUGGAAACACGAGAUAAGGGGCCCACAGUAGAAGAUCUUGAGAGCACUUUAUCGAAGCUUAAAUCAGACUUGAGACAUCUCAAUGAUAGUUUAGAAGAAAACUAUGCGAAGAGUCUCGUAUUUGCAAGAGAUGCGAAUUACGAUCAGGACAAAUACAUUGAGGAGUUUCAUAAAGAAAACCGAUUGGGUAGUAAUGGUUAUGGUGACUAUUUGAACGAUGAUGCAGAACUGAGAGAUUUGCUGCAGCGGAAGGAUGAGGAGGCAGUGUCACAUUUACCACCAAGAGACUCAAAGUGGUAUAGGGACCCACAGCAUUUGACGACAUCCAUGGGUAAUUUCGACACUGCAAAAAAGCUCGGAAUAUCAACACGAUCUGUGUCACCCACUAGUAGGGGAACUGGAAUUUUUGGUGCUGAAAUGGCCACAAAGAAUAUUUAUGGUCAGCUGACAUCCACUGAUUUAGCAUCAAGUAUGGAGACGUUUCCAGUGAGGCUGACUGCCCCACACAUUGUCGGAGUACGUUCUUUGCUUCCACCUGAUUUUCCUGUCAAAAUGCAAAGGCCUGCAACAGCAGCUGGUACAACUUCAGAAGUAACGGUGGUGCCAAACUUUGCAACUCGCAGUCCAUCCAGGGCCCACUCACCUCGACCAACUUGGGUGCCAAACUCACGCAAUGCAAAUGCUAGUGCCAAACCACCACCUGCUUUAAGCACGACAAAGCGUCGGUGCAAAUCUGCAUCAAUGAAGCGUGCGACUGUGCUUGGUGCUGCAGGAGCCAAUUCCUCAAAUGAGUUGGUCACUCGUGGGCGUUCCAUAACAAGGCACUCGACCAUGAGUGAGGGGUCAUAUCCAAGACAAAUACACCCCUUGCCUUCCGAAACAGAGUUGAGAUUCCUUAGAUCAGCAGAUCAAAUCGACACCCGCAGAGCAUUGGUUGAAAAUAGCCCUUACCAACAAGAGCUUGCAAAGCUUCGUCUUGCAAGGUUACGUGUGGAAGAAGAGUAUUUGCUUCAACUUAAGCGAGAGUCCGAGUUAGAGAGGGUAAGAGGGCCAAAACCCAAAUGGUACACAAUGAAGGGACCAGAGUUUCACUAUGAAUGUAACAAGAACACCACUCUUCACAAGAACAAAAAGUCUUGGGCGAAAACACUUCAAUAUCGAAAUGAAUUGUUGGAAUCUUCUAGAGAGUUUGCUCAAACUGUUUAGAUCAGUUGAGAUGCAUGAUAGUGUGCGUAUAGCUCUAGAAAAUUGGGUUGCUUUGAUAUGGAACAUCUUGGGUGUUGGUACUGAAAUUUUAAAAUGAAAACUUAUCAUGAUACUUGAAAUGCAUCAAAUUAUUUGAUUUGCAAUACAAUCAUGGUUGUUUAGAAAAUUGUUAAUCAGAUAUGCGUAUUGUUUGCCAAAGUGAGACAAAAUGUGUUUUCUUUUCAUGCUGUCUAAUUUUUUUGUGUGUCUGAAUGUAUCUGAUACUUUAUUUUUUUGGUGUCAUUAGAUAUUUUUGACUGUGAUUUCUAGCAAAACAAUCGGCGACAAAAAGACAAGCGUGGUCAUGUAAUAAUAUAACCAAGGUGGUAUAGUCUGAUAUACAGCAUAACAUUAGAUGUGGUACAUUUGUUCGCUUGCAGACAAAUAAAAUAAUUAACUAUUGAGCUUGAGGUUGUAAUUACAGUUACAUCCAAUCUAUAAGCUGAGAAAUGAAUGCAAAAACACUAUCAAGCCAAAAAUUUUAAUCAUGAAAACACAGACAGUAUAAAAAAGUAUGAUUGAUCUACGACUUUGGGAAUUAAUUUUUGACACUUCACAUCAAUGUAAUUGGCAGAAAAUUGAUGUAUUAUUUACACACUAAAAAUGGUUUAUACGAAAUGUUAGUCAAUAUCGAAUACAACAUCAAAUAAGUGAAAAAUUAGGGAAAAAAUCAGUAAAAACCCAUUCACAACACCAUUACAUAAACUAGACUGUUUAAAUUCAAAUUUGUCAAAAAGUAUGUGAUGAACUAUAGCUUAUUGUCAGAAGGAGGGUAUUUUUGGUAAAAAAGAGGACACAGCUGAGGAGUCUGUACUUGGUAUGUUUCUAGUAAUAAUGGAAGUCUUCACUUUAUACACCGAAGAGUCAAAAUAUCAGAUUUUAAAAU